AUGCCCAACAAGCCCAUCCGUCUGCCGCCGCUGAAGCAGCUGCGCGUUCGCCAGGCCAACAAGGCCGAGGAGAACCCUUGCAUCGCCGUCAUGUCCUCGGUUCUGGCUUGCUGGGCUUCCGCCGGUUACAACUCGGCCGGUUGCGCCACGGUCGAGAACGCCCUGCGCGCGUGCAUGGACGCGCCCAAGCCUGCGCCCAAGCCCAACAACACCAUCAACUACCACUUGUCUCGCUUCCAGGAGAGACUCACGCAGGGCAAGAGCAAGAAAUAA